CGACUCUCGUGAGGAUUAGCGGCUCAGAAAACGGCUGGCAGGAUUCUGAGAAUUUUAAAAAACGACACUAUCAUGCUUUUAUUUUGAAACCUACCAAGCAGCGUUUUGCGUCGUUGCACUUUUAUUGUGAAACAAUGAACGCGCACAACGGAAAUAUUCACCAUGGACGCGGAUGUGAAGCAGGUAACAAAGAUGGCGGAAGAGGAGAAGCUCUCCGAGGAGCUGGAGCAGCUCGACUUUCUCCGAGACCGACACGUACGCUUCUUCCAGAGGACACUGCAGAUUUUACCCGAAAGAUACGCCUCCCUGGAGACUACCAGGCUGACCCUCAUCUUUUUUGCCCUUUCCGGGCUCGAUGUGCUCGAUGCUCUGGAUGUCAUCGACAGCAACGUCAUGAUCGAAUGGAUCUACUCAUUGCAAGUUCUACCCACGGAAGACCAAUCCAACCUCAGCCGGUGUGGUUUCCGAGGAUCGUCGCACAUCGGGAUUCCUUACAGCACCAAGGGUCCGGGGGUGCUGCAUCCGUACGACAGCGGCCAUGUCGCCAUGACCUACACGGGCCUUUGCUCGCUACUCAUACUGGGAGACGACCUGAGUCGAGUCAACAAGCAGGCCUGCCUGGCCGGUCUAAGGGCACUGCAGCUGGAUGACGGCAGUUUCUACGCCGUGCCAGAAGGCAGCGAAAACGACAUCCGCUUCAUCUACUGCGCUGCCAGUAUCUGUUACAUGCUUGACGACUGGUCGGGCAUGGACAUCCAAAAGGCCAUCGAGUACAUUCGGAGCAGCCUGUCGUACGAUAGCGGUUUUGGUCAGGGCGCCGGGCGAGAGUCACACGGAGGAGCAGGCCCCACCCACACACACAUAAUCCGUUUAUACUCAUCUGUCAUCACUGGCGGUUGGACGUACUGCGCCAUCGCCUCCUUGUGUCUCAUGGGUCGAUUGGAGGAGGCGCUGAGUCGGCACGAGCUGGACAGGAUCUGCCGCUGGUGCAUCAUGAGGCAGCAGAGCGGCUUCCACGGCCGCCCCAACAAGCCUGUGGACACCUGCUACUCCUUUUGGGUGGGCGCAACGCUAGAGCUAUUAGACGUGUUCCAGUACACCAACUUUGACAAGAACAGAACUUUUAUCCUCUCCACGCAAGAUCGCUUGGUUGGCGGCUUCGCAAAGUGGCCGGACACCCAUCCAGACCCUCUUCACGCCUACUUGGGCCUGUGCGGUCUGUCCCUGAUGGGAGAGGCCAGCCUGAGGAAGGUCCACCCGGCUCUCAACAUCACCCAGAGGGCCUUCGAGCGCCUCCGCCAGCUGCAGCAGACGUGGAGGGGACAAUAGCGGCAACUGCGGCUGACAGGAGCGCACGGCAGGUCCAAUCCAAGGCAACGGGAGUCUCUGAUGCCAGGCCUCCCUUUUUUAUUUGACGACUCGGGAGUGCACAGCUCCUCCAUGGCAACGUUGCAACAUGGCCUUGCUGUCGGGUGACUCUUCUUUCAAGCUGCCUUUUUUGUCAACAGACUGCAGUCGGUUUAAGUGUUCAGAAAUAUUUGUGCCAGAAAUCACGAGAGACCUGAAAACAUUCCAGGUGCCAAAUUGUCUCCCUUUUUUUUUUUUUUUUUUAAAGAGAGUGAAGGAGAACCACUUGCUAUGGUUUCUUGCCGAGCGGCAGCACGGUAUCCAUUACGGACCAGGCGGCGUCGCUAACAUGUACAACGGACCUGAAAGCUUUUAGAAACACUCCCGUGAUCAACGUGAUUGCGAAUGUGCUUCUUAUGGACAAAGCAUUUAAAUAUCAUCAAAGAGCACCAAGCCACAACUUUUUUUUUCCCCUCGUGUCACAAUCCAGUCUGGUUCCGGUCAUGAUUCUGGAUACAAAAUACGUUAUCCCGAUCCAAUAACACCCUUCCAUUACUCACGGGGCAUCUUCAAACCGCUCUAGUUUUGCUUGCGGCCUGCCAGAUUUGAUCCCCAGAGUCUCAGGCACCCCCCCUCCCCCCCGGCUUUGUUUAUCAAUGUCGGGGUUUGAUCAGGUGCGGCGCAGCAGCAGCAGUGUACCCAACGGAGUUGAGGCCGUGAACCACCUGCAGGGGGUCCAGUCUUUCUUUGACUUUUCAAAAUAAGUAGAAAACCCCCCCCCCCAAAAAAUCAAGUAUCUGCAGAGUGCCGAGGGCAAGUUUCACUAAAAUGUUUUUUUUUUUUUUUUUUUCUUCUUUACGUACUCCCCCAGGGUUUAAGAGCUGUGUGCUGACCUAGCCUCGUAGGCAGGUACUUGUUUUUUUUUUUUUUUAUUCUUCAUAGCCAUUUUUUACCUCAGGGUCCAGCCACAAAUUGCUCAAAGUCCUCCUCAACCUGCUGAUGUUCUUGCCACUGCUGUGAAUACCCCCAUAUGGGUUAGUAAAUUGGUGACAUUAGCAUUUUCAAAUCCUGAGUCACUUACUGUAAUUCCUGGCCUUCAGGGCGUACCUGGUUACAAGCCUCGUGGAGUGCAUUUGUAAAGGAAAUACCAUUUGGUACUUACAUACGCUGCAGCUGUGUAAAAGCCACAAGUGCCCACGUUGAAACAACAUAUUUACAAAGAAAUUAGCGCCAUUAGUGCUAAUGCUAGCACCACGCUAAUGGUAGUGCUAACGCCAGCGCCGCACUAAAGCAGGUGCUAACAAAAGCGCUGCGUUAACGCUAACAGUCCUGGUUAAAAUAAAUCCUACCGGUAGAUAUCACUGAGACACGCCAGUAACAGAGCACCAACAUGCUAGCGCAGCGCUAACACGGCCGGUUAAAAGUCAUUCCACCGGUCUCAUUCUUACCUUUUCCGCUCGAGUGCCACCUUGUGGCCGUUAGAGGAAAAAAUGCACAAAUUAGCCGCAUCACCGCAUAAACCGCAGGGUUGAAAGUGUGGGGAAAAAGCUGCGGCUUCUUGGCCAGAAAUUACGGUAAUUAGCAGUACUAUUCCUGGUUUGCUCCAUCUUGAUCAAACCACAAAGCAUUUUUUCCAUUGCAUAGCACGUAUUGGGUUUGCUAUUCAAGGUACUGCUAGGUACUAUUUCGAAUAACUGGUUAGCUGUGGUUCCCACCGCACCAAGUAGAUAACAUACGACUUGAUUAAAAACGGCUGCUAGUAAGUCAUUGGUCGAGCAUAUUUCCCUAUUGCUGUGCCUUAGCUCUUGAUGCUGGAGUACUCUUCUCCAGUCGCCAGCUUGCUGCACUGGGCGUCGUGCACAAAAUUCCCCCCUGUCAUAAUAUAAACAAAGGACACCUUCAUUUGCGCUAUUGUUGCUCCGACUGACUUACAAUACAGUGCGGUUUGUUCGGAUUCCCAGAUAACAGUGUACAACUGACCCCCGCCAUCGCCUUUCACAAAGAUUGAUAGAGGCCAGCGGGUACUGUGCAAUGGAAAAGCAUCAUAAAUCCCCGGUCAGCUCUUUGAACACAGGUGUUCAUCAGGGCCCAGUCCUUGAACCCUUGCAAUUUUUAGUUUCCAAUGAAAUCAUUUGCUCGCCCCUUAUUUAUUUUUAAUACCAUCAAGCUGUCCUAUUCAACAUCCAUCUGUCACCAGCUGUCCAUCCCAAAAUGUUGUCAAGUGAAUCGGAGCACGCUGUGUGAUACAAGCGAAAAAUGUAUGUUCUGUGGCUGACAAAUUUUGGCUACCAAAACUUCAACUUGCUAAGUCGCCACCAGUAGGGGACUCGUCGGUACUCUAGCACAGGGGUGUCAAACUCGUUUUUGUUGCGGGCCACAUUGUAGUUACGGUUUCUUUCGGAGGGCCGUUAUGACUGUGAAAUCCUAAAAAAAUUUGCCGCCUAAUAAUGUUUGCGCAUGGAAUUUAUUACUUUUGGAAUCAGAAAUCAAGGGUAUGAGUUUUUCAACUAUUGUUGAUGUUUGGCAACACAAAAAUGCUUGCGAUAUCUCUAUUAUCAUUUAGGAUAUAAAAUUGGUCCAGAUUUUAGCAAAAAUCACAGCAGUAGAUACACACGAAUUGCCUUUGUGGGCCACGCAAAACCAUGCGGUGGGCCAGAUCUGGCCCCCGGGGCUUGAGUUUGACACCUGUGCUCGAGCAGCUUCGUCUCGAGGAGGAGGGAAUGCUGAGAGUGGAGCAGGAUGAAUAAAUAAUCGGACGCAUCCAUUAUUCACUGUUACUAGCGGGCAGUUGCCUCACUUUUCAUGCAGCCUUAUUUUAUAGCCGUAUGACUGGGGAAGGACAACAAGAACCUUUUAAAAAAAAAACAACAACAAAAAAACAGGUCCCACAAAAUUGCCGCAUCAUGCCGUCAAUUGGAAUCCCCCGACACAAAUGGGCUGUUAUGGCUCUGAAAGUCGAACGUUCACAGAGUGACUGAGUCCGUCGAGUUCACGUUGCUAUCCUUUUAAACGGGACGCCGGGGGUGGGGGGGGGGGUCCCGUGGUGUCUUGCACAGGUUCGAAUGAACUGCGGAGUCAGCAUCGAUGGCCAUUUUGUCACCUCGACUUUUUAAACAGAAUCCAGCUAGGUGAGAUAGAUUGGGGCGUAUCAAAUACUUGUCUGACAGUGACAGUUGCUUAAAAAUACCUACCGAGUAGAAUGAUCUGAAUAGUCAGAUGGUUUAUGGGUCAGAUGCUACCUCUGGAGACGGAAAACUGGCGCUGUGACUUUGUUGCGUUUAUACAAAACGAUGACCUUGGAAACGGCGGACAUUUUAGCGCUUUUACAGGCUACGUCGCAGGGGCUAAAUCAGCCAUUUUUGCACUUUUAGUUAACACUUUGCCUUAGACCUCAAGCCUUUUUUGUGCCAUUUUUAACAUAAAUGUCCUCUCAUGGUCUCAAACAUAAAAAAAAAAAAAAAAAACAAUGAUUUUUUUUUUUUUUGUGUGUGUCCAGAAUCUGCACGGUUCUGGUUUUUCAACUCGGUGCUGUUGCUUUUCCAGACGGUUGAACCAGAUUUCACGCUCCGUGCAUUUUCUACAGCCCGACCGUACGUUUAGUUUGUCUCCUCGGGGGUGAAGACCGCUUCGAAAUGUGCCUUUCGUCGCGUCGUUCUAAUAAGCCACUGCGCGAGUGCAGCUCAACAUGAUUCCCUCCGAUAAACCUCGCCGAGACUUCCUUUUCUUUCGGUCUACCGACCAAAACCGAACGCAUUUCCUCCGCAAUGCACCGUUUUGUUCCCGUAAAUCGCUCGCUAAUGCAUUUCUUGGAGAAGUGGUGAGGGGGAAAAAAAUCCACUGAGUCAGAUCUCGCCAACGCUUACUCUGCUUCUGCCACUUAACUGAAGAUGGACCCUCUGCCCAUAUUAAAGGACUCUGCCAUAGUGUGUGGAAGUAAAUACGUGGAUUUUAAUUCAAAUGCCACUGAAAUAUUUUAUUUUGUAAAAUUCACAUUAUUCCAAAGUGAUCACAUUUUAUAUGAAAAAAAUUCAACCUUUAGAAUUAAAACGCAGUAUUUUCAGUCUCCUGAGAUUCAACUGGCUACAAUUCGCUGUCUAAAUUCAGUGUUAAAAAAGGCAGGGUUACUUCAGGUCAGGAGCAAACAGCCAGCCAGUCGCAGUUACGCUUUCUUAGUAUGUGACGUCACGUGAUGAAGAAAGUGUAACCGGAUUGGCUGGGUGUCGGGUUCUGACCUGAAGUAACCCUGCCUAGUGGCACAGACGGUGAAUUUUAGACACCGAAUUGUAGCCAGUUGAAUCUCAGGUGACUGAAAAUAUUGCCUUUGAAUGUUGAAAGUUGAAUUUUUUACCUGGUGAAUUUGUUAACAUUGAAAAGUUAAACUGAAGUACGGCUAUUGAAAAUGUGGUCACUUUUAAAAUAACUGUGAAUUUUGCAACAUAAAAUUUUCAGCGGCAUUUUUAAUUAAAAUCCCUGCGGCACAUAUUUACUUCCAUAAUAGAGCCACUAAAAUACAUCAUUUAACAUGAAAUGCAAUUUAUUUUUUUCUACGCUUUGUAAAGAAGUCUCGGUAAACUGUAAAUUAUGCGCGGGCAACGACGAAGUAUGAGAGAUGAAACUAUAUGCGCUGUAUGUUCAGCUUUGAAUAUUGCGCGGCUUCAAGCCGAGCUGCAAAUAUUCGAUGGUAAAUAAAAAGAAAAACAGAGAUGCCUGUGUCUUUGGUGUGUGUGUGUGCGCGUGCUAUUUUUGUUUUACAUAUUUAAGUCAUAAAUCCGGUACGCUGUCACCCAUUGUACCACGCAAUAACCAAAUGUUUUGACAUAAUUACUAAUUAUGGGC